GAGCAAGGUGCUGAUUCCUUUUUCAAACGGCUCAGGCUAAUCAGAGGCUGUUUUCUCCCCCGUGGACAGCUGCCAGCCCGUCUGUAUUGCAGCUUUUGCGCAUCAGUGGCUUGCACAGCAGCCAGAUGUCAAGCAGGCAAGACCUACAUAAAGAACUCAUAUCAUCUAUGUGAACUAUAGUAUAUAGUUGACAUUCAUAAAUCUUCAGCCGCCAGACUCAGUUACUAUGAGGAAGGAAGCAGGUUGAAUUUUCAUCGACUCCACUUUGAUAGCAGCACUGUCAAGCAGCCUGUUAGCGGCACUGCAGAUGGACUAGAGAAGCGUCAGCUCUCCGACAAAACCUCACAUUCUUCCCGUCCACACGCAGCAUGGGCUCGUGUCUCACACCCUGCCAUAGCUACAUGUAACCAUCAACUUCAGUCAGACGAGACUUGACAAAAGCCGGCGAUUUCCCCACACUGCCGAGGACGUUGUUCAGGGCUUUUCGCAGGUUCGGAGGAGAGAAUGAAGCUCCUUGUGUUCGGAGCAGUGCAGGACAAAGCCAUGAAUCCCUGGCCGCUCUUCGCGCUACUCGGUCUCUGUUCAGCAUUCGGGCCCAGUAAACAGGAAGAAGAGGACUAUGAAGAUGUACCCAUAAAUAAGACCUGGGUCUUAUCACCCAAGGUCUAUGAGAGUGAUGUCACUUUGAUUCUAAAUAAACUGCUGCAAGGCUAUGACAACAAGCUACGGCCUGACAUUGGAGGCAAGCCAACAGUGAUUGAAACAGCUGUGUAUGUCAACAGCAUUGGACCAGUGGACCCUAUCAACAUGGAAUACACGAUUGACAUCUUCUUUGCUCAAACAUGGUAUGAUAGUCGACUAAAGUUCAAUAGCUCAAUGAAGUUGCUCAUGCUCAACAGUAACAUGGUAGGCAAAAUCUGGAUUCCCGACACAUUCUUCAGGAAUUCCCGUAAGUCAGACGCCCAUUGGAUCACCACUCCCAACCGCCUUCUGAGGCUAUGGAGCAAUGGGAGAGUCAUGUACACACUCAGGUUGACUAUUAAUGCGGAGUGUUACCUUAAGCUGCAUAACUUUCCAAUGGAUGAGCAUUCGUGUCCGCUGGAGUUUUCAAGCUAUGGUUAUCCCAAGAAUGAGAUCAUGUAUCGAUGGCAGAGACGAGCUGUGGAGGUGGCCGACCAGCGGUACUGGAGACUCUAUCAGUUUGCCUUUGUAGGGCUGAGGAACACCUCUGAUGUGGCACACACACAAUCAGGGGAAUAUGUAAUCAUGACGAUCUUUUUUGACCUGAGUCGCAGAAUGGGCUACUUCACAAUUCAGACAUACAUUCCAUGCAGCAUGAUUGUGGUCUUGUCCUGGGUCUCCUUCUGGAUCAACAAGGAUGCAGUCCCAGCCCGCACAUCUCUAGGUAUCACUACAGUGCUUACCAUGACGACUCUAAGCACCAUCUCCAGGAAGUCACUGCCCAAAGUUUCCUAUGUCACAGCCAUGGAUCUGUUCGUCUCUGUCUGCUUCAUCUUCACCUUCGCUGCUCUUAUGGAGUAUGGCACUUUACACUACUUCACCAGCAACAGACAGACCAAGAAGGCAAAAGCCAACAGUAACACACAGCAGAAAGCAUCCAGCAUGGUGAACAUCCGACCUGGCACAUCCUUGUUGCAGAUGAAUAACAUUAUGCCCUAUCAUGAGGAGGAUGACUAUGCUUAUGAGUGUCUAGAUGGAAAAGACUGCACAAGCUUCUUCUGCUGCUUUGAUGACUGCCGUUCUGGUGCCUGGCGUGAAAACAGGAUGCAUGUGCGAGUUUCCAAGAUUGACUCCUAUUCACGAAUAUUCUUUCCCACUGCUUUCGGCCUUUUCAAUCUGGUUUAUUGGAUUGGUUAUCUGUAUCUAUAGAACCAAUACCUUAAAGAAGGACAACUGGAGUUUAACAUGUCACAAGAAUUUUACAGUUCAACAUCUGCAAGCAAUUCACAGAAUUAAAGCAUCAUAGUUAGAAUAGUUAGACAUAUUAGCUCCUUAGAAAACAGGCAUUUUUUUUUAAAAGUUACUGAAUAUACAUGCCUCAUUGCUGCAGACCCUAUUGUUGGAGUUGGGCUUAACAAAUUAGUUAAAGCAGUCGCUCAGUCCUUCAGCUUGUCCAGCAUCUUCAUCCAGAGCAAGAGCAAGAAAAAAUAAUGAAAAUAAGUCUAAAUUUCCAUUAUUUUAGCUGUGGACAUUUGUAACUAACUAAAAUGUUCGCUCUGGUUUACACAGUAGAGAGAUUGCCAUUAAACUUUAAAAAAAGCUCCAAGUUUGUUUACUCUAGUCCACUGUGCUAUUGAUAUUAUUAUAAAGCAGAAAGGAUAUGGCAUUGCAUUUUGCCAUUGUAGCAAGAAAUGGAGGGCAUUGUUCCCUCUCUUAAAAGUAUAUUUGUUUAUUUAAUAAGAAAGACAACCAGCUCCUGUGAUGUAAACCCAAAUGUUCAACAAUUCAGCUAUUGAGAUUAAUAGUGAGUUUUCAAAACCUAAGACAUUCACCUAAAACACCUCACAGCACUACAAUUAUUAUCAGUUUAUUUAAUAAGGGCCUGUGUGAAUUGUCAUGUACAAUGAUGGUUGUUUUUAUAGCAGCCAUAAUUUAUACCUAAAUUACAAAAAAAAUGUGAGAAUUGUCAUUCAUAUGCUAUUCAGUCAAGGAUCUGAAGUCCUAUAUUUAAAAUUUCCAGCUCUAAAUUAUUAUCUCAUUUCGGAAUAUGUUGUGAAAACAGUGUCCUUCACAAUACAGAUCAUAAAGUUCUUCAAUUUCCUUUUAUAGUUUUAUUGCAUGUGAAAGACUCUUUCUUUAGAAAUGGCAGAGGUUCAUAAGUUUGCCAUGAAGUUUUGCACAUAUGUACUGAAGUGGAAAUCACUAUGCAGCUUCCUCACCAUCUAUCACAGCACCAGUAAGCGUUUAAUCACUGCACAUAGCAACAAGGUGUUACAUCACUAUUUCUGUCCUUUAUUGUAAGUUAAGGCUGGCGUUGGAUUAAGCUGCUAGUUUUAUACUAAUGAGAUUUUGACACAUAUGAACACUCUUUAUGAGGUUCAUAGUUCAGUACUCACCUCUUUGCCACACAGUUGUAGCAUCAUGAUUGUUUCUGGAGCUUAUGCUGCUUUACAGUAAACUAGCCAAGAAGAAACUACUGUAUAGCACAGUAGAACUGACAUUUUCAAAAGUAAGGUAUCUCACUUCAGUUUGAGGAUUCAAGGUUAAGAUUUGCUUGUGCAUGAAACUGAAUGCUGUAAGGGAGUUCCACUGUAGCACUCACAGCAUGUAGCUAGUUGUGUUUUUUAACUCAGCAGCACGUGAAGUUCUUUGCAAGCUCGAUUUUUCUAGCCAACUUAUGUAGAAAUCUAAUUUUUGCCACUUGUGUCUCUUUCUUUUGGUCACCAAAGCUUAUAACAGUACAUGAGUGUUGAAAAAUAGACUGGUAAAUCAAGAACUCAGCCUCAUGGGCCAGGUCCUCUUUCACUAUAACAGUCCAAGGCCUGCAUUGUCGAUGACCCAACAUCAAUCCAUCUGUCUCAUGCUCCAUUUUUCUGUCAUUCAUGAACAAGAUUCCAACAUACUUUGACAAAUCUUCUCCACACUUGGCGUGUUGCCAUUGAAGAACUUUAUGACAAUGAUGCCUGCCAGGUGUAGGUGGAAUAGAGAGGGAGGGAGAAUGAAGUAGAACAGGGGAGAAACAGAAAUAGGAGGGACAGGGAGAAUAAAGGGAUGUCAGGUGGGGGCUGAUGCAGGGCCCUGACGCAAACACUUGCCAGCCAGUUCCCCUUUCAGAACUGGUGCCAGAAGGGAGCCCUGAUUUCUAAUCAGGGUAUGGUGCUGUAGCUCUGAAUCCUUGAAUCAUUUCUCCCCUUUGCCAUGGUUCAAGGCUUGGCCACCAGACAUACACCUGUACUGAGCUCUGUGGUGAGCUCCCAUUGUCUCUUCCCUAGAACCCAUUUACCUAGGGAGCCCAUUCGAAGGGCUAGCACUUCCUGCAACAUAGCUCCCAGAAUUAUGAGGACAUACUAAACCUUCCACUGCACAAAGGUGACAGUUCUUUUAGUGGUAUAGGACAAAUGAGGUAUGGCAUUCUGUGAAUGUGUGAAUGAGCUUUAGAGGUCUUGGCUAAUGAAGUUCUCACCUCCUGGGAAAGGGAACCGAUGUAGUGCAAAACCACCGUCAAUUCCAUCUCAUGAGGCUACUAGAAAAAAAAUAAAGUUGUGGCUUUGUUGGUGAAGGGGCUCAUUAGUAAAAACAGACAAUAAGUGUUUGUCACUGAUAGAUAAUAUGUUGUUAUUGUCUCAGAGAUUCAGUACAGAAAGUAUAAGGGCUUUUGUGUAGCCAAGGAUUGUGUACACUAGCAUUUAAAUGUUAAAUGAAUGGUUUGCAUUUAUGUAGAGCCUUUCUACCUUUGAGGUAUGCAAGCACUUUACAAUGUUUCCCAUUUACACAUUCACACACACAUACCAAUGGUGACAGAGCUGCCAUGCAAGGUGCCUGCCUGCAAUUGGGAGCAACUUGGGGUUCAGUGUCUUGCCCAAGGACACUUUGCAAGGUUGGCAGUUCCAUCCCUGGCCCCUCCACACAUUGAUCGGUGGACAACCCGCUCUCCACCUGAGCCACAGUCACUCUUACUAUGAAUGUACAGUAUGGAAUAAUUUGUUUGCUUUAUAAAAAAUGUGCAAACCAUAGAACUAAAUCUGUAGAAAUGAACCUAUGCCAUUAUUAAAGACUAGGUCUGCGAUUUUGUUCUUUCUUCAUUUGAAGUUACCAUUGUAAAUAGUGUUCAGAAAAUGAUUCAGCUUUAAGCCCUAAAACACCUGUACUCUUUUCAGAUCUGCGAGCUAACUAAAUGCAUACUAUGUGUCCAUAUAAACUGAUAAAUACCUGGCUUUUUGUUGUAUUGUAAAAGAAAAAAGAAAAAAGGUGAAUGCCACGACAUUUUUUAUGCUCUAAAAUAGCAGAGAGGAAAUGUGAUCCAUGGAGAUAACACAGACUACAUGAGAGGAAUAAGCUAAGAUCAACAUUUGCCCAUUAAAUAGAUACAAACAAAAGUUCUUGAAGUUUCCAGAUACAGCAAAGAAACUGUUGAAUAAAAUUUUGUAGCAUGCCCUGUAUAUAUGCAAAAUAUCACACAGUAGUCUGUGUAUUCUUAACCCUCAUAACAGCGUUUCCAUGUUGCCAAAACUCCAUAUCAAAGUGACGUAACAAUUAAUUUACCCAGACAUCAGUAAAAAGUGACGUCUUAGGUGCCUAUAAAAAGUUGUUCUCAACCGUUCAAACAUCUAAUGUAAUGAAAAACAAAUUAAACUAUGCAAACUUGGACACUGUUGAAAUUGAUCUCUUAUGGUGUGAUAACUCUGACUUUACUUUCUUGUUUGAAAUAAGUGAUGUAAAAUUUGAUGAAUUCUCUCAGUUAAUGGUAUAAAAAAAUGGUAGUUUAAUAUUUAGAUCACUUACACAGUACAUCAAUACAAAAGUGAGUUGUAUAUGAGGAAGAGGAGUCCAACAAGUCCAUCCUAUAUCUCAAGCAUUGUUCUGAUCAGUUCAUAAAUAUAUCACUUACAACUAAAUCAGUUUUUAAAACAUGACCUACAAUACCAAAGCUGCAACACAUUUUGUCCCGUGUCAUUCUGAAAUAUUAGGGUACCUUGCAACCCAGGUGCAAAUAAAUGUACAUGAAUGAAAUGUGCCUCAGAGCACAGUACAAAAGUUUGACUUCUUAAUUUUUCAGUUUCCAUUUUGGCUUGAUGUGAAGACACUUCAAAAAAGUUCUCAGCCUCACACAUAAACAUAGGACGUCCCAUUUUGGGGCAUAAAAAAGCCUUAUAUCAACAUCCACAUAAACUCAAAUGUUUGAAGCAAUCAAAGAAAAAGGGGGAGGAAAGCUUCAAGCUGCUGUGCUGUUGCUGCAGGACAAUGCGCCCAUCCACACAUUAAAGCUGGCAGAAGGAAAAGCAGCCAAAUGUAGCUUUGAACUGUUGCUGCAUGCACCUCCCUCAACUGAUCUGACACCGUCAAACAACAGCUUGACUAAACUUGAAGUUAAAUCAAACUGUUGUUGAUAAAUAACACAGGAACAUCUUUCUCCUCUGACAUUUUCUAUUGAGGCUGACAACUUUUUGAAUUACCUGCCUACAAUCAGUAUGAAGUACAUUUCCACAGCACUAAUUGCACCUGGACUCACUACUCUGAUGUUCUUUGUUUCACUUCUAAAAACAACAUUUGUACACUUUCUGCACGGUUGUUUAUCAAAGGCCUCCAGCAGCUCAAAGGAUACCAUUUGAGGGAGGUGGAUUGACAAUUACUUACGUUUUCCUAACUGGACAUUGAUAUCCCACAAGUUUAGUUGAACUGGUGUAAUACUGUGAUGAUUGAGUGUUCCUUUAAUUUUUUUUGAGCAGUGUUUAUUUCCCCUCAACUCAAGCCAUAGAAACAUGUCUUUCAUAUACCUGUGUACAAUGACAUUGUCUGUAAAUGUUGCUCAUAUUGUAUUGUGUCUACUAAGUCAAUACACUGUGAGGAAAUAAAGCAGUGCCUAGAAAAAGUGAAAAUGGUCUAAUACAACUUGAUAUUGUAGUAAUAAACACAGACACGAUGACAACUCUGGUGCAUCAUGUAAAGCUAACAUAUAGUAAAUCAACAGAAUACAUCCACAUUGGAAGUAUAGCCAGAUUUACAGUUAUGAUUGCCAUGUGAAAUUCUAUAAAAUUUCUACCUCUAUGCUCCUAAUGCAGACAAGUGACUCAGACAGUAAAUAGAAACUUUGAAAUUUCAUAUCUGGCUCUUGGGAUGCCAACAUCAGUUAAUCAUUCAGUUCACCAGUCUGUCAUCAUGGUUCAAACCAAAAUUUAUCAAACACUGAUGGAUUGUUCUGAAAUUUGCUACAGACUCAAUGUCUCCAGAGAAUAAAUUCUAAUCACCCUCA